CGGAACUUGUCUUUUGACCCUUUGCUAACCAGCCGGACUUAUUUUGAUGGAGCACGCAGUCAACCAGCCAUGUCCUCCAAUAAUGUUUCUAAAUUAUUAUCCCUUGACUGAACACAGCUAAAGGGUGUUUGUCUACCAAGAUGGAGUCUUCUACCCGGAUUACUGAAGUUCGUCUAGAAGUGUCUCACUGUUUCCAGAGUUUGACUUCAUCAGCGCAUAAGCAAGAUGCCAUCCUUGCUCUUCAAACCCUCCGCUCUUACUUGGACGAAACCCCUGAAAAUGCCAGCGUUUCAGGUCAGAGGACAGAGUUCCUAAAAUCUCACUUCACUCGCACCCUUCAGUUCCUUGUGAGGAACAUUGGAGCCGACUGGCUACACGGCUUGACCGUGGCACAACGCUCGGAAUUAUGGGAUGGUCUUUUCUUGCAUGGACCUCCGGAACAGACUCUCCUAGUGCUGAUGGAGGCAAUCGGAGAGCUAAAGCCAAGUUCAAAUCUGGACCACUUGGUCAGCAUCACUGAAAGGUUCAUCAAGAGCGGUCGCCUGGCUGAAAUGCUGUGGUCCUACUGUUUAGCCACGGGGCCCGCUGAUUCCCCCCAGAUCCGAGAGACCCUCUUAGCACGUAUCGUGGCACUGCCUGACCUCGCUGCUAAUAAACUUCAACACAACAACAACCCCACCUUCCUUCCACAGCAUUACUAUCCUCUGCUGGCUAAAGAGAUGCUCACUGCCUUGGAGCGAACGUGCAUGGCACUCAAAGAUGGCACAAAUUGUUCCUUGGUUUUUGUUGCUCAAGUGUUUGGAAAACUCUGUGCCCAAGGACAUAGUGCUUCGUUGAUGGCAGUGAUGAUUCCCAAAAUGUCCAGCUCCACUCGCACUGACAUGGUGUGGCAGAGGGUUUGCCAGAAGCUGCUGGAAAAUGUUCCACAGCGCUGGAUGGAGAGCGUGCUCACUGGUCUGGUGCAGGCUGUUCAUGGGCCUGAUGCUCUGGGUAGAAUCAUGGGGAAUCUUGUGGUAACAAACAAGACAGCCCAGUUCGUCAUAACACAUAAACUGCUGUUACUCCAACACAAAUAUGAGACUCGCACAUUGAGAGUCAUUCUGGGCUAUCUAGCUGCAGAGAAGGAUAGAAGACCGCUGCUUAUACAGGUAUUACGGUCCGUGUCCCAAGCGUGGGCCAACCCAAGCGCGGUAAAACACACUCCCCUGGAGCAGCAAAUGUACGUCAGCAAGGCAUUGCUGCUGUGCGUCUGUCUGCUGGAGGACGCCGAGUUGCAGGAAUUGCGUUCAGAGCUGCUGCAGUGCAUGCUGGGAGGCAUGCAAAGCCACUUGGACAGCAACGUCGUACGCAUCAGGCAUAUGGGUAUGGUUGUGGGGGAGGGUCUGAGCUCCCGCAUGAAUAUCAACGGGACCAAGCUCAAAUUUGAGUACGAAGAAGAUGAGGAAACUCGAGAGCUGGUUUCUCUUUUGAUUCCCCUUAACAUGGACGAAUCAGAACCUGAAUCGGAAGAAGGCGUCAGCCUUCAAGAAAUCAAAGAAAAUCAACCAGAUUGUAAUCAUACAUUAGCAAAUGAAGAACAAGAGAAAACAUCCACAAAAAAAGAGCUAGACUCUGACCUGGAUAGUGAUGACGAGUUCACGCCGUACGACAUGUCCGGAGAUAAGGAACUAAAUAAAUCAUCACCACCACGCUACCUACGAGACUGUCUAGAAAAUUUAAUUUCCUCUGAGGAACCAGAGCGUGUGGAGCUCAGCUUGAUGGUUGCAGAGAGUCUAGUGAGAAAGAACGCAUUUGCAACCAAAGAGAUCAGCGUCCAGCUAAGCAAAGUUCUCCUUCACAUGGAGGAUAAAUACAACAUAAAUGGCUUCCUGGCUCUCAGGCAGGCUACUAUGGUGGCGCUUGUGGUCACAGACUGCAUCCCGGUGACUCAGUACCUGACUACAGAGUUCUACUCCUUAAACUACAGUCUUCGACAGCGCCUAGAUAUCUUAGAGGUGCUUGCUGUGGCAGCUCAAGAACUCUCCAAGCCAGCAUUAGAAAACACAGAUCCAAGUGUUGCCAUGGAUUUAACACCCUAUUCAGCUAAUAACACUGCACACUGGCAGCAGGUCGUUGAGAAGCGCAUUCAGAGUAAGACCAGACGCAUCAGUAAGGGUGGUACGAAAGCUCCAGCAAAGGCUGCAGCCAACCGUUACGCACCAUUUGCUGGAUAUUUCUUCUUUCCUCUACUUAGGAAUUAUGACAAGCCUCAGGUUACCUUUGACUUGUUGGGUGGUGACCACCUGGUGUUGGGAAGGUUGAUCCACACUCUAGGAGUCCUCAUGCAUCUGGCAGUGAAUGCACCGGUAGCUGCACAAAUGGGUCGUGCUCUGCUUGACUUUGUAUGGGCAGUGCAUUACCAUACUGACCAGAUGGUAAGACGAAGCGUCCUCUUUGCCGUCUGUUCCGUGUUCAUGAGCAUGCCAAGUCAAAAUCUCCUGGUGGACCUUGCAGACCAGCUUUUUGAAACCAGAUCUUGGCUAGCAGAUGUGGCUGAAGGUGACCUGGAUGCAGAUUGCAGGAAUUUGGCCAUGCAGAGUCUGGUGCUGCUGGAUAAGAGCCUGAAGAAACAGCUCCAAAAUCCACAAGCCUUGAGUAUUGAAUCAUGAGCAACAACAACAAAAUAACUGCACCAGGUCAGAGUGAACUCAAUGUCCUCUCAAGGACUGCAGGUGUUUAUUGAUGAUCAAGGAAGCAGAUGGCACCAGUGUCCCCAAGAGUGGGCUUACUUUUGUUUUCCCUUCCUGGAAGGUGAAAACAGUUUCCCUUUUGUUGCUUUCUCUCUUUCCUGUAAAAGCAGAUCUCACUAUCGGGGUUUAUUCAAGUAGGAAAGUCUUUGAAUAUUUACAGUUUGUACAGUGCAUAAUCGUUUAAUCAGAUAUUUUUUGUUUUUUUAAAUAAAUACCCAUCCUGCUAGGACAUGUAACCUGAAUGCCUUAAAGUGAUGGAACUGUGUUAAUAUGCAACAGGGGAGUUGCGAAUACUCCCUUUGUGCUUAUUGUGUUAUUUGUAAAAAAAAAAAUAUAUAUAUAUAUAUAUAUUAAAGAUACACGAUAAUAUCGGCUACCAAUAAUUAUCGGCCGAUAAUGGCAAUUAUGACGUCACACAGAUAAUACAGAUAAUUAAAAAAUCAACCGAUAAUGCAAUCCGAUAAUUAUAUACUUGAUUUAGCCUCCAAAUGUGCGCAGCCAAGCAGUUUUCUCCACUUCUUCACUGCCGCCUGCUCAACCCCUCUCCCCUCUCUGAAACCCCUGUGGGAGGAGGGGUUUAGGAGUACGGCGUCAUAGAGGAGGCGGUGUUACACAUCAGUGUUGACACUGUUGAGGCGCUCUCACUAGCGUGCUUUGCUUUUCCCGUGUGUGAAAUGAAAUAAACGAUGCUCUCGCCAUCUACAAAACAGUUCCUCAAGGCCUAAAGAAAGCGUCCUCAUUGAACACCACUAGCACUAACCCAGCAGCCAUUUAAAACUGCAUCACAAUGAUUUUUGGAACGAAUAUGAGGCUGCUGCUAGCACGAAUGCUAAAGCUAUUGUUAACAAAUAAACUAUAAAGGAAGCUACGGGGCUUGUGACGAUACAGAGACGCUGCGGUCCUCCCGGAGUCGGGGUGUUUGGGAAUGCAGCCCAAAGCGAGUGGUAAACUCCCAUCUAUGGCUAAACACCUCACGAGAUCGAUAGUUGACAAGUAGCUGUCUUCCGACGGAGCCCGCCGGUCCGGCAGGCCGCCGCCGCCGCCUCGCCCUAGGCGGGUAGAGGAUGAGAUCAGAGCCAUGCACCGAAUGCGCUGCAGCGAGCCGGCCGGGGCGGGUGGAUAUCCGGUACGAACUUAGCUGCCGCCGCCACUCCGGUUCAAGACAGAGGCCUGGCGCGGGUGCUAAUUUGGCAGCCGGGCGGACUGAAGGGCACAGGCGGGAGGAAAUUCCCGAAAUGACCCGAUAGCCAAAUCCCUGGAUGAAAAAAUAAUGCAGUUUAUACGACCACGAUUCUUCGUGAAAGACAUGCCGAUUACAUCAGUUUUACCACGGACAUUUACACAGCUGAUGUCAACAAACCAUGUUUAUCAGGACGGCACAGUGGUUAGUUGAUAAUUGUAACAUGCACCAAACGACACAAAGAAGUCAUCCAGUCAGUAAUGCAUUCAGCACGCUUUAAAUUUAUGACGUCUUAAUCAGAUCAUUCUUCAUUCAUCUUAAAUCUAGUCAAAUAAUUUUCCCCAUCUUGUUUGAGUGUUGAAGACUAGUUGAAUGCGCCAGAUUAUUCCACUUACUUGAACUAAAUAUUGCAAUUUGUUCUUAUUAAGCCCAAACAUCUAAAAAAAUAAGGUCAUUUUCACCUAAAUCAAGAAAAAAUUGCUUUCAAAUAAUGUUUUGAACCAUACAUAUUCUUGAAUAAAGAACAUUUCAGUUUUUUUUUUUUUUUUUUUUUAGGAUUAUGUAUAAUAAUUUAUUGCUUAAAAUAAGGCUGUUAAUCUUAUUUUCAGCUGGCCAUUUUUCUUCAAGAAAUCUGAGUGAAAUACACUUGAAGUGCUGGCAGUUAAUUUAACUUAUUUCCAAUAGAUUUACACUGAAAACAAGGGACUUUAACUAGUCUUAAAGAGCAUACGACACGAGAAAAAAAGUCUUAAAUGGCAUUAUUAUGUGAAUUAGAAUCAUAUUUGGAGACGAUUCGACUAUAUACAACAAUUUAGCAAAGCACAGAUGACGAGAAAUUAGCCUUUUAAUCUGCCAGUUAGCCACGCCUACCAUUAUAGGGCUUUAGCGUCCCCAACAGGUGGAUGACAUCAGCGAUAGACUGGGCUCAUCGAUUUUACUAUUCAGCCCAUUGAGGGGGAAUUAUUCAGAACGAGGAAAACGCGAUGAAGAAAGCCGCCAAAUGUCAUUGUUUCAGUCUCUGUACUCCAAUAUUUUUACAGGAUAUUCUUUUUAUCCAAGUAUUUUUCCCCAAUAGGCUUGAGAAGGACCAGUCAGGCCGUCGAGGGAGAACUAUUCACAACGAGGAAAACGCGACGAAGAGAGCAGCAAAAUGUCAUUGUUUCUGUCUCUUUACUUCAAUAUUUUUACAGGAUAUUCUUUUUAUCCAAGUAUUUUCCCCAAUUGCUAAAUAAAUGGCAUGGUCAUGACAAAUAACAGUCUUGUGCUGAAUGGAAUAUGAAAUAAUAAAAAUGCAUUUAUUCAGGACGACAUGGCAAAAUUACUCCAUAAUGGUCAAAACUGUCGACUUCACCUUUACUGUCGCACCUCCCGAACUAUAUUUUAUGACACCUAAAUCGGACAUAUGUCAUUUCCCUUCCCCGGCUUUGGAGAAUGUAAACAAACCAGAAGGCGUGACAGCUAGCCGACAUGCUAACCCGAACCGAGUGAUGUUUCAAAGUCUUCAAAGCGGAAAAUCACACAUAACUAUCCUGGAUUAUUUGACAUGACGACCCGUCGCGGAUCGGCAAACCGCCCGGCGGAGAGCAAUUUACAGUUCGUUCCCCG